GAAUAUUAUGCAGUAUGUUGAUCUAGGCGUGAUCUCAUGUCUUUUCUAGAAAUCGUGGAAAUCAAUUAUCGGUUAGAAAAGUCCUCAUAAUAUCAAGAAAAGGGGAGGCCACUCUAGUUCUAUUUGUGAAUUGUCAAGAUAAACAACAGUCAGCGAACAUUGCGUAGUAGUCAAGACGUGCCGGUUGCACGAGAUACUUAAGUUAAUUUCUACUAGAUUUAAAUUCUACUCGGUUUAAAAAGUUCAGAAUUUCGUGCUAAAUUUUAGCUUUCGAAAUUAGAUCUAAUUUUGUUUGGCUUUAUUAAUAAUGGCUCUUCGAGGACCUUCCGAUCCGACCUCAUACACCGAAUUUGAUAAAUGUGCUGUUACGAAACUUGACUGGGACGUGAAGGUAGAUUUUGACAGCCACAAGAUCGGCGGUUUCGCCCAUUUGACAAUCGAAAAAAAAACUGAAGAUCUGGAUUUUCUGUGCCUGGACAUAAGGGACCUUACCAUUGAACAAGUAACUCUUCAAGACACAGGAGCUGAGUGUGAAUUUCAAAUUUCUAACCCUCUUAACUUCACCUAUGGUUCUAAGCUUGCCAUAAAGCUUGGCCAAAUCUCAGGAAAAAGUUUUACAGUCAGCAUAAAAUAUGCUACUUCAUCUGAGUCUACUGCUUUGCAAUGGUUGCGCCCAGAACAGACUGCAGGUAAAAGGCAUCCAUACCUCUUCAGUCAAUGUCAGGCCAUACAUGCCAGGAGUUUGUACCCUUGUCAAGAUACUCCACUGGUUAAGUUUUCAUACACGGCUAAGGUGAGGGCCCCCAAAGAGUUCACUGUACUGAUGAGUGCCCAGAGGCUGGGGGUUGAGCCUGUAGAGGGGACCUCGGACUGUGUCACCAGGUUUUCUCUCAAUGUUCCCAUUCCAAGUUACCUCCUAGCCAUUGUGGCAGCAGAUCUUGAGAGCAGGGAAGUUGGGCCAAGAUCUAAGGUGUGGUCAGAGAGAGAAGUGGUGGAUGAUGCUGCUAAAGAGUUUGGUGAGACUGAAACCAUGCUACACACAGCAGAACAGCUGGUUGGGCCCUACCUGUGGGGGAUAUAUGACAUGCUGAUUCUCCCCCCUAGUUUCCCCUAUGGUGGGAUGGAAAACCCAUGCCUCACAUUUGUAACUCCAACACUUCUGGCUGGAGAUAGAAGUCAAGCUGACGUGAUUGCUCAUGAGAUCUCUCACAGUUGGACUGGGAACCUGGUUACCAACAGAACAUUUGAAGACUUUUGGUUGAAUGAAGGUCAUACCAUGUUCUUGGAGAGGAAAAUUCUGGGCAGGAUGCAUGGAGAACUCUUCAGACAGUUGCAUGCUCAAGAAGGCUGGCACACUUUACAAAAAACUGUAGCAAAAUUGACGUCAGCUGGCGACGAGCGCUUUACAAAACUGGUGCCUGACCUCAGUGGGGUUGAUCCUGAUGAUGCUUUCUCUAGUAUACCAUAUGAGAAAGGCUUUGCUCUUCUUUAUUAUCUAGAAACACUGCUUGGUGGGCCAGAUGCCUUUGAGAAGUUUCUCCGAGCUUAUGUGGAUCACUUCAAGAACCAAUCAAUUGGAACACAACAGUGGAAAGACUUCUUGUAUCAAUAUUUCUCCUCCAAGGAAGAUCAAGAGAAACUAAACAGUGUUGACUGGGAGGCUUGGCUUUAUGGUGUAGGCCUCCCACCAUAUGAACCUCACUAUGACACAAGCCUUGCCAACCCCAGCACGGAGUUGUGUAACAAAUGGCUUGCACAACCUGAAGACAACCUGGAUGUUUUUUCACCUUCAGACAUCAACAACCUGCCUUCCAUACUUAUAGAAGCAUUCCUCUCACAGCUUUUACUAGCAGUGCCUGCAGUUUCUUUAAACAAAGUGCAACAUUUACAGAAAGUUUACAACUUUAACCAAGUGCGAAACUCUGAAGUGAGACUAAAGUGGCUUACACUGUGUAUUAAAGCCAGGUGGGAAGAUUGUAUUCCUCAUGUUCUGAAGUUCCUUAACGAGCAAGGCAGGAUGAAGUUUGUUAGACCAUUGUAUAGUGACUUGUAUGCCUGGGAGUUUGCCAGACCAAAAGCCAUUGAGAACUUCAAGGCGCACAGGGCAGAGAUGCACAAUACAACAGCCACAAUGGUGGCCAAGGAUCUCCACCUUAAAGACCAAUAAAAAUCCCAGACUCCUGUUAUGAUUUGAGAUUUUUAGGCUGCAAUUUUGCACUCUUACACUUGUUAUAACUCAAAAUAGUAUAACAAAAAUUGAAUGUACCAGUAUAAGCAGAACUAGAACUCUUAUUUCAAAAAGAUAAAAAUGAACUUGAAGACAACGUUUAAGCCUGGAAAACAUGUAUUGAGAAUAUAAAUACAUUUUCACAUGUAAAUGAAAAUUUAUUUUCUAAAAUAGUUUUCUUAUGGGUGUAAUAUUUUAAAUUAAGUAUUUAAAUUCUAAUAUAUAUUUUGAAAUAUCAAGACUUAUUAAAUUACUUUAAAGUAGAUCAGAUGUGCUUAAUUUUAAUGCCAUUUUGAUACAUUUUAAAUUAUAUUUAAAAUAUCUAUCCAAUAUUUUCUUUAGGCUUAAUUAAGUUUUUAACAUGUUACAAUUCCCUGAUUAUCAAUGUUGAACUGUAUUUAUUCUAUAAGGAUUAAUAUUUAGAAAAUUUGUUUAGAUGAUUGAGCAUAAUUAACACUUGUUAUUCUUUUUAUUGAUUUUAAUAUUGAUUAAAUUAUUAUUCACUUUUAUUAAAUCUUUUUGAUUUUAUUUUUAAAGUUAAAUAACAAUAGCAAAGUUUAAAUUCCAUUUUAUUCCUAACAUGUAGAGAAGUCUA